AUGGGAUUUUGCAAGAUGUCAGAGAUGUUGCUGUGCACGGUGCUCUCUUUAUUUGUAUACUCUGCUCAGAGUACAACCACAAGGUAUUUCACCUAUGAAGAGGAUGCACCUGGAACGGAGAUAGGCAAUCUGUCCCAAGAUUUAAAGAUUGAUCCGGCUGAUGACCCCGACACGUCGUUCCGCUUCAUGCAAGAAAACAACUCGUCUGUGAUUGACAUGAGGGAGAUGGACGGACUCCUGAGUGUGGCGGAACUGAUUGACAGGGAGCAGCUCUGCCCCAGGUCUCCGCGCUGCUUCAUCACCUUUGACGUCGUGGCCUUCUCGAAAGAAAAGUUUCAACUCAUCCACGUGGAGAUCGAGGUGAAAGACAUUAACGACCACUCUCCUCAUUUCCCACGGAACGAGACCAACCUGGAGAUCGUGGAGAACGUCCCGCUGGACUCCAGGUUCCCACUGCAGAUCGCCCUCGACCAGGACGUGGGGGAACACUACAUCCAGAGCUACAACAUCUCUGCCUCUGGUCAUUUCGCCGUUGAGGUGCGACAUCGGGAUGAUGGAGUGAAGUUUGCUGAGCUGGUGCUGGUGAGGGAGCUCGACCGGGAAGUGGAGGACCGCUUCACCAUCCGAGUCACCGCCACUGACGGAGGAGUGCCGGCCAAGUCCGGCUCAAUGGUGGUCCACAUCCGCGUGCUGGACUUUAAUGACAACAGCCCGACGUUUGAACACAGCUCGCUGAAAGUGGAGCUGAAUGAAGACUGCCCCGUCGGCCACAGAGUUCUCAAAGUGCACGCGUUUGACCCCGACGACGGGGUUAACGGCGAGGUGACGUACUCGUUCGCCGACGGGCUGUCGGCAGAAGCCGGCCGCCUCUUCCAAGUCGACCCCUUUUCCGGGGACGUGACUUUGAAGGCGCUGGUUGAUUUUGAGAAAAGGAGGUCAUAUGAGCUGAACAUCAAAGCCUCGGAUUUAGGCACACACUCUGUCCCAUCCAGCUGCAAAGUCGUGAUAGACAUCGUGGAUGUGAAUGACAAUGCCCCUGAAAUCAGCAUCAAACCGAUGACUUCCAGCACCGAUGGAGUCGCUUACAUCACAGAAGCUGCAGCCGAGGAGAGCUUCGUGGCUCUGAUCAGCACCUCGGACAGAGACUCUGGCUCCAACGGGUACGUGCGCAUCAGCCUGCUCGGGCACGAACAUUUCACCCUACAGCAGGCAUAUGGGGACUCCUUCAUGAUUAUUACCAGCACGACUUUGGACAGAGAGAAGAUCCCAGAGUAUAAUUUGACUGUAAUUGCAGAGGACCUUGGAAGUCCACCCUUCAAAACUGUCAGACAGUACACCAUCCGGGUGACAGAUGAGAAUGACAACCCCCCUCUCUUCAGUAAGUCAUUUUUUGAAGUUUCAGUCCUGGAAAAUAACAUCCCGGGUUCAUAUGUAACCACUGUUGUUGCUCGAGAUCCUGACGUGGGAAAGAAUGCCAAAGUUUCAUACAAACUCAUAGAUUCAGAGGUGACAGGAGGAUCUCUAAUGUCCACUUAUGUUUCAGUGGAUUCACUCUCGGGUUCUUUGUACACUUUGAGGUCUUUUGAUUAUGAGACUCUUCAGCAGAUUGAGCUGGUCAUCCAAGCUGAAGACAGAGGUUCCCCCUCUCUUUCAAGCACAUCAACAAUCAGAAUUAAAGUUGUGGAUCUGAAUGACAAUUAUCCAUACUUCACCUUCCCCGUCCUUGUGAACGACUCUGCUGAUAUCCCUCUGCCUUUGAAUGCACCCACUGGCUAUCUUGCCCUUCGCGUCUCAGCUGAAGACGAUGACGAGGGAGUGAAUGGCGAGCUCCACUACCAAAUUGUACAAGGUGACCCGCAGCUCUUUACAAUGAACAAAGACACUGGAGAAAUUGCUUUGAAACAAUGGCCGACAUCUGAAAUCGGAGACGUGCUGGAAAUGAAAAUCGCGGUGAGUGACAAUGGCAGAUCCCCGCUCGGUAGCAGUGCCACCAUUAGGUUUGUCGUCUCAGACACACAGCCCUCGGAAGACCAAGUUGUCAUUGUGUUGCGGUCAAGCGAUGAAGAAGGCUCCGGCUUGGACGGCUCACUAAUUGUCAUUAUUAUGCUCAGCGGGGGCUGUGCAUUGUUGCUGAUUGCAAUAAUGGUUGUUGUUGUGACGUGCAAGCUCAGCCACGGACGGAGAAGCCGUGGCUCCAAGAGAGAAGCCCGUCACAGCCUGUUCGACGGAAGGCCCAUUCCCAUGCUCGGCUCCACCGAACAGAACAUGUACACCGGACAACAAGGCUUCUUCCACGAGAGAACCUCCUCGUCCCUGGAUGAUUCCUGCCUGUAUGAGCAGAGGAGUGGGGACUCAGAGACAAAGAUGUUCCUGCCCUCCAAGCCUUUCCAAGCAACAUCUGUGUGGCAAGGUGACAAAUACUGCUUGCAAGUGAGUGGCAUUGGCAACAGCGACCAGCUGAGCGUAAAGGACAGUGGGAAAGGGGACAGUGACUUUAACGACAGUGACUCUGAUAUCAGUGGCGACGGAGGCAAAAAGAACUUCAGCACCUUCCAACCAAAGCUUAAAGGUUCAUCCAGCACUGCUAACAGCUUGUCGGGGGAUUGCCAAAGCAUGUACUGUGCAGUACCACCGCAGAGCUUCAGAGGCCCCAUAGACAAUGCAUACACCAUCGGAUUCUCCCCAGUACCAGUUUUCAACAAUCCUCAUGGCUAUCCUCACUUUUGGAAGGACACUUAUGGCACAAAUCGCCCAAACUCGAGGACCAGCAUUCAGACCUUCUCCAAGACCGGGACCCUCCCGUCUUACUUUCCUCAGCAGCAGCGCGAAGCGGGUGUCGGACCUGAUGAGCUCCACAACCAGAGUCCAACUAUUGUUACUGUGGCCACGGCAUCAGAAGUUGCCACUAUCUUUUAA